AUGAAUGCUUUGUCUAUUGGCUUGUUAAACUUUUCGGAUCAUACAGGAUAUAUAUCCGCAAUGGCUUUUACUGCUUUAUCUGUGGGUGUUAUGUUUUAUGCCUUGUACAACUAUCAUGUGCGAACCAACUCUAUCUUGCGUAAAGAAACGGGAGAUUUUUCUGACAAGUAUGCCCCUGCUGUUCUUACUGUCUCCAUAAUUAUGGCUGUUACUCUCAACUUAUACCUUCGCCUUGCGUCUGAAGGUUUGCAUUAUUAAACACAAACUUGAAAAAGCAGUCCUAGUCGCGAUGUUUUAGUUUUCUGAAAGACGCGUUCAAAAAAAUUUUUGUUCCUUUAUUAUUUUUCAAUAAUAAAAAAAUAUGUCAAACCAAAACACCCAGCGUAAAAGAAGAAGAAAUAGUGACGCUCAUAACGAGGGUGACUCACCUGAGCCUUCUUCUUUAUUCCCUUCCUCACCCGCUCCUUUCUUUUCUGAAGCUGACUAUCGAAACGAAGCAGAAGAAGAUGACCUUGUUGAUAACUCCUUUGCUGGUAACGAAAGCAUCCAUGGCUCGGACGACGAGGAUGGUAUUGAUAUCUUUCAAGACGUUGAAAGAGAUUAUCUUCCCAAUGAAAGACUUGAUAACUACGAAGCUGAAGGUGUUGAUGACAAUCAAUAUGAACCUCUUGAUAUUGGAGCACGUAAUGCACUUGAUAACAAUUUAAACAGACGUGAUGUAGAAAUUAGAAGAAGAGAAGGAAGAGUAGCUGGCGCUUUUAUUUAUGGUUUGGAUGACGAAGCCAAUGACAGUUUGCCUCCUGUGAGAAGACAUCGUCAUAUUUAUGAAGCUGAACAAUUCGACCAAGAUGAUGAUGGUGUUCCUGAAAUGUCUCUGACAGAUCUUGGUAAUGUCAAAGAUACUUCACUUGAUACAUGGAUCAACAGAGAACCUGUACGUAGAGCAAUUAAGCGUGAAUUUAAGGACUUUUUACAAACAUAUGUUGAUGAGCACGGUACUUCUGUUUAUGGUGAACGUAUCAGAGAUAUGGGUGAACGCAACAAAGAAUCAUUUGAAGUUAAUUACGAAAAUUUGUCUGCUUCUGACAAGACUAUUUUGGCCUAUUUCUUAUCCAACACACCCAUUGCCAUGCUCAAAAUUCUUGAUGAAGUUGCUUUAGAAGUGACAUUGAUGCAAUUCCCUGCUUACGAGCGUAUUCACCGUGAAAUUCAUGUGCGUAUUACAGACUUGCCAGUCAAGAAUACAUUGCGUGAACUUAGACAAUAUCAUCUCAAUACUUUGGUUCGUGUGUCUGGUGUAGUCACACGCCGUACAGGUGUCUUCCCUCAACUCAAAUGGGUAAAGUAUAACUGUGCUAAAUGUACAGCUCUUUUGGGUCCCUUUUAUCAAGACAUUCAUAAUGAGAUCAAAAUCAAUGCUUGUCCCAGUUGUCAAAGCAGAGGUCCAUUCAACAUUAAUAUGGAGCAAACUGUGUAUCGUAACUAUCAAAAAUUGACCAUUCAAGAAUCUCCUGGUACUGUCCCUCCUGGCCGUUUACCUCGUCAUAGAGAAGUGAUUUGUCUUUGGGACUUGAUUGAUCAAGCCAAGCCUGGUGAAGAAGUGGAAGUAAUUGGUAUUUAUCGCAAUAAUUUCGAUGCCUCUCUUAGUACGAAGAACGGUUUCCCUGUGUUUGCUACUAUUAUUGAAGCCAACUUUAUUAGCAAAAAGGAAGACAUGUUUGCAGCUUAUCGAUUGACUGAAGAUGAUACUAGCAAGAUUUUGGCUAUGGGCAAAGAUAAACGUAUUGGUAAGAAGAUCAUGAAGAGUAUUGCACCUUCUAUCUAUGGCCAUGAUGAUAUUAAGCGUGCUAUUGCUUUGGCCUUGUUUGGUGGUGUUCCCAAAAACAUUCAGGGCAAGCAUAUCAUUCGUGGUGAUAUCAAUAUUUUGAUGUUGGGUGAUCCAGGUACUGCCAAGUCUCAAUUCCUCAAAUAUGUUGAAAAGACUGCUCAUCGUGCUGUCUUUACUACUGGUCAAGGUGCUAGUGCAGUUGGUUUGACUGCCUCUGUACAUAAAGAUCCUGUCACCCGUGAAUGGACACUCGAAGGUGGUGCUCUUGUAUUAGCUGAUCGUGGUGUUUGCUUGAUUGAUGAAUUUGACAAGAUGAACGAUGCUGAUCGUACUUCUAUCCACGAAGCUAUGGAACAACAAUCUAUUUCUAUCUCUAAAGCAGGUAUUGUUACUACUUUGCAAGCUAGAUGUUCUGUCUUGGCUGCUGCUAACCCUAUUCGCGGUCGCUAUAAUUCCUCUAUCCCUUUCUCUCAAAAUGUUGAAUUGACUGAACCUAUUUUAUCUCGUUUUGAUGUGCUUUGUGUUGUCAAGGACUUGGUUGAUCCUGAACAAGAUCUCACUUUGGCUACCAAUGUCAUUGGCAGUCAUAUCCGUAGUCACCCACUUCACAAUGAUGCCGAUGGAAAGUUCGCUCAACCUGGUGCAAAGGAUGCUGAUAUCAUUGAUCAAGAUUUGUUAAAGAAGUACAUCAUGUAUGCCCGCGAAAAGAUUCAUCCCAAGCUUCAGCAAGUGGAUGAAGACAAGUUGUCUCGUCUUUAUUCCGAAUUGAGAAGAGAAUCUCUUGCUAGUGGUAGUAUUCCGAUUACUGUUCGUCACUUGGAAUCUAUGAUUCGUCUUGCUGAAGCUAAUGCCAAGAUGCAUUUAAGAGAAUAUGUUCGUUCAGAUGAUGUUGAUAUGGCUAUUCGUGUAGCCCUGGAUAGUUUUAUUAAUGCUCAAAAGUUCAGUAUGAUGAAGGUGCUUCGUAGACGUUUCUUUAAAUUCAUUAGAGAUUCCCGCGAUGACAAUGAAUUACUUUUCGCUGCAUUAGACGAUAUCUGCUCUGAAAAGCGGAAAUUGUACCAACUUCGUUAUAGAAAGCUUCCAUCAGAAAUUACAGUAACCAUUGCAGAAUUUGAAUCUAGAGCAAAGGGAUUAAACAUUCAAGAUAUUCAAGCCUUCUUCCACUCUGAACAAUUCGAGAAAAAUAGAUAUAGCUUAAACUCGAGCCAAGGAAUAAUCACAAAACAAUACUAAAUACACAUACAAUCACUCACAUACAUACACACAUACACAUAUACGCCCUCCUUUUCUCUUUUUUAUACAUACGCCAUUAUUUAAUUCAUGACAAAAUAAAUUUAAUUCUUUGUUGCAAUAACACGAAGUCUGACAUACAUAACGACCCAUUUACCAUCCUGUCUUUGAUAGCAAGGUUGGAGAUAGUUUUGCACUUCUUGAGCAAGUUGCUUGCGCUCUUGUUCAGUAGCUAAAGGCUU